UUAAAAAGGUUCAGUUAAAGUUGUACUUAAGCAACGCACGAUUUUUUAAUGAUUAUAUUUCGGAAUUUCCGUAGUCUGUAAAUAUGUACAAAUUAAAGUUUUUCUGGUGCUACAUAUCUAUGAUAUUAGCAGGUGUUUAACAUGUCUGCUCGGAGGAACAAUAUGAAUCCACAUAUGUGGAAGAAAGACUGUUGGAGAAAAUGACCGAGAUGGAUAUAAAGAUGCAGACAGCGUUAGGAAAAUUAGAUAAAUUGGAAGAAAAUAAAAACCGACAAAAGGGCGGCGUUUCAAGUUUGUUGACAUCUGGACCACAGGCGUUGCUGGUGAAAGACUUAGAAGACGAUGGCUGGGAGAUGAUUUUUCGUGCCACAUCUGGUAACGGACAAAACGCCUAUGUGGCAUGGACAACAGGUGUUGGUACUUGUGUUGACAAACCGAUAUCAAUGGCAAGGUCAUAUGCGAGCCACUACAGAAAUGGCAUAAUCUCUAACUGGGCUAAUAUCGGUAUAAAAUAUGUCAAAUAUGCCUACUAUGAUAGCACGCAGGAAGUUGCCUACGUCAUAUUCAACGCAAUCGGAAGUGACAUGAACUCCUGGUUUGACAAGACUCGUGUGAUUUCAUCUAGCUACUCGGAUCUUACUGCCGUCAAUAACUUCAACCACUUCUCGAUCCUUGGGGAUUUCAGGUCAGGAUCACUUGAACGACGCUUUCUCAUUAACAGAAGUUAUGGCGGCUGUGAUGGAGACUAUGGGCACCUUGUAGUUUCGGAAAAUGAGCCACCUAACGCAUGUAAUUGGGACAAACAUCCAAUAUACCCACAGUUCCUUUAUUCCAAGAUCAACUCAGUGGACUACUGGGGCAGAAGAAUGUUCGGACGUGCUGAUUACAUGGCAAUAUUCAUAAAAACUAAUUAAGCACUUCUUGAAAACGUCAUACACAAUAGGAAAUUUUUAUGCAGACUACAGUUAUUUUCUUUGGUUUAACUUUUUUGUUACAGUGAAAAUCGUUGAUAUUCGUAGGGGACUACUUUUCGUAGAAAAGAAAUCAAAUCCAAACGAACAAGUAAAAUUCCCAUUCAUUUUAUAUUCAAAUAUUCAAAA